AUGCGAAUGGUCUGGCCUGCGUGGCGGGGCGCCGCCGCGGGUCGGCACGCCCGCGUCGCGCUCGGGAGCGCGGUUGAAGGGGGCUGCCGGCGGGGCACCUCGGCAUCGACCGUGGCGCGCGCGCUGGCCGCGGAGACGCGCUACGCGGAGAACCCGGUGGCGGGGAAGAAGUUCGACUACAUCAUCGUGGGCGGGGGCGCGGCUGGAUGCGUCCUGGCGAACCGUCUGACCGCGUCUGGGGACAAGAGCGUGCUGCUGUUGGAGGCCGGGCCCGACAAGACGGACGCGCGGGAGGUCAAGACGCCCGCCGCGAUCACGCGGCUGUUCCGCUCGCCGCUGGACUGGAACCUCUACACGGCCCCGCAGGCCCCGCUCGGCGGCCGCGAGAUCUACUUGGCACGCGGGAAGCUGCUCGGGGGCUCGUCGGCGACGAACGCGACGCUGUACAUGCGCGGGUCGCCCGAGGACUACGACGGGUGGAACCUCGACGGCUGGUCCGCGAAGGACGUCCUCCCGUGGUUCAUGCGGAGCGAGCGGAACAGCCGCGGCGCAGGCACCUACCACAGCGCCUCGGGGGAGAUGAGCGUGGAGGACCCGCGCUACGAGCCGCCGCUCACGAAGUUCUCCUUCGGCGCGCUCGCGGACGCCGGAAUGCCGCACAACCCGGACUUCAACGACUGGUCGCGGCCGCAGGAGGGGUGGGGGACUUUCCAGGUGUGUCAGGACCGCGGACAGCGCGCCGACACCUCGCGCGUGUUCCUCAAGCCCGUCCAGGACCGGCCGAACCUCACCGUCGUGAGCUCGGCGCCCGCCACGCGCGUCGUCAUGGACGGCACCACCGCUGUCGGCGUCGAGUUCGUCAUGCCCGAGCUGUCCGGACGCACGCGGCUCGCAGCGGAGCUGGCCCCGGGCGGCGAGGUGCUGAUGGCUGCGGGCGCGAUCCACUCGCCGCACAUCCUGCAACACUCGGGCAUCGGCCCGGCCGAUCUGCUCCAGUCAAAGGACAUCCCAGUCGUCGCGGACGCCCCGGCGGUCGGCGAGAACCUCCAGGACCACCCCGCGUGCCUCUCCGCGUUCCGCAUCACGCAGCCGGGCCUCACGGUGAUCGAGGAGAUCUACAGCCAGAAGGGGUCGCUCAAACCCACGGCAAUCCUGAACUACCUGCUGCGCCGCCGGGGGCCGCUCACGUCGACCGGCUGCGAGCGCGGCGCCUUCGUGAAGACGGACGCGUCGCUCCCGCUCCCGGACCUCCAAAUGCGCAUCGUCGCGGGCCUCGCGCUCGACCCGGACGGCGUGGGCUCCUACGCGCGGUUCGCGCACAUGGCCAGCAGCGGGAAGGACGCGGAGUGGCCGCCGGGCAUCACGUUCCAGAUCAUCGCCGUGCGCCCGGAGUCCCGCGGGUCGGUCCGCGUCGCGUCGGGCGACCCGCUGGACCACCCGGAGCUCGACUUGGGCUACCUCAAGGACCCCCGGGAUUUCGCGACCCUGAAAGCAGGUCUCGAGAUGAGCCGGGAGCUGGUGAAGCAGCCGUCGCUGGCGGGGAUGACGGGCGAGGAGGUGUGGCCGGCGCAGGGCACGGACGUCGAGGACUACAUUAAGAACACCAUCCACUCCGCCAACGCCGUGGUGGGCACGUGCAGGAUGGGGACCGACCCGCGGGAGUCGGUGGUGUCGCCCGACGGCCUGCGCGUGCACGGCGUGAGCGGGCUGCGGGUGGUCGAUAGCUCGGUGAUGCCGAGGAUCCCGGGCGGGCAGACGGGCGCGCCGACCAUCAUGAUCGCGGAGCGCGCGGCGGGGAUGAUCCGGGACGGACGCUGA